AUGCGCGCCUCUCCCGCCGGACUCCUGCUGCUCGCCAUUGCCCUCAUCUGUGGUCAGUCCGCCUUCUCUCAUUUCUGCUCAUCAGACUGCUGCUCUCUCAUCGUUGCCUUCUCUCAUCGCCUGUCAGCCCGCUUCUCUCUCAUUGGCUUCUCUCUCAUUGCCUUCUCUCUCAUUGUCUUCUCUCUCAUUGCCUGCUCUCUCAUUGGCUUCUCUCUCAUUGCCUUCUCUCUCAUUGUCUUCUCUCUCAUUGCCUGCUCUCUCAUUGGCUUCUCUCUCAUUGCCUUCUCUCUCAUUGUCUUCUCUCUCAUUGCCUUCUCUCUCAUUGCCUUCUCUCUCAUUGGCUUCUCUCUCAUUGCCUUCUCUCUCAUUGUCUUCUCUCUCAGUGUCUUCUCUCUCAUUGCCUUCUCUCUCAUUGUCUUCUCUCUCAUUGCUCGGCUUAGCUUCGGCAGCCAGCGCUGCGUGGCCGUGCCGAAAAAGGCGAGAGGGAAGAGCGCACAGGUGUGGUGGAACGGGUCGAGCAGCAAGGCGAAAGGCUUUGCUUGCUCGCAGAUCAAGUUCUUUGGGACGGGUGGCUGCCACGGCAGGGAGGUGGAUAGCAUGGUCAACCCGGGCUCUGCUACUGCCAAGUUCCCAAGCAACAAGAAGACGCUCAGCAAGUGGGCGUCAGUGGCCUCUGUUCUCUGCACCGAUGCUGCCUGUGACGCGCUGGGCUGUCAACCCGGUGGCAAAUGCGUGGUUGAUGAGAAUGGCGAGCGCUUCUGCCAGUGGGCCUUCCUCCUUUCCCUCUCGUUUCUUUGGAGCCUCACUCCUCCACCAGCAUUCCUGCACACCUUUAGUCCUGAAUUCUCAUUUUCGGGUUCCCAAACAGCUCGUUUCUUUGGAGCCUCACUCCUCCACCAUCAUUCUCCAGACCCACCGCACUCGCACUUGCUCCUCCCUCUCCCUCGCAUUUUGCCUUCCUCACCCUCACCCUGUGCCGCCUGCCCCUCUGGUGCCCCAAACCGCAUUGCACCCAUCCCCACCGCUCAGACUCACCCUGUGGUGCCUGCCCCUCUGGAGCCACCUGCAAAACCGUGCCUGCGACUUCAGAGCCUUCAGUGCAGACCCUUCUCCCCUCAUCUCAAUGGAGAUCCAGUGAGAAUGUUCCAGAGGAAACCUGGUGUAGAACCUCCUUUCUUGCAAGCAUUUGUGCCAGAGAGGCAGUUGCCGCUGACAUCGCAUUGGGAGGGGACGGGAGGGGGAGGAGAGGGCGGGGGAGGAGGGGAAGGGGGAGGAGGCGGAGGGGGGGAGGGGGGUGGAGGCGGAGGCGGGGAGGCUGAGGAGGAGGGGGGUGGGGCGGAGGGGGAGGGGGCUGGGAGGGAGGAGGGAGCAGCAGCGGGAGCAGGGAAGGGGGCAGGGGAGGGGGCAGGCGAUGGGGCAGGGGAGGGGGCAGGGGAGGGGGCAGGGGAGGGGGCAGGGGAGGGGGCAGGGGAGGGGGCAGGCGAUGGGGCAGGGGAGGGGGCAGGGGAGGGGGCAGGGGAGGGGGCAGGGGAGGGGGCAGGGGAGGGGGCAGGCGAUGGGGCAGGGGAGGGGGCAGGGGAGGGGGCAGGGGAGGGGGCAGGGGAGGGGGCAGGGGAGGGGGCAGGGGAGGGGGCAGGGGAGGGGGCAGGGGAGGGGGCAGGCGAUGGGGCAGGGGAGGGGGCAGGGGAGGGGGCAGGGGAGGGGGCAGGGGAGGGGGGGAGGGGGCAGGCGAUGGGGCAGGCGAUGGGGCAGGAGACGAGGCAGGGGCCGGGGUGUCUGGUUCUGGGGAGGCCGGAAGGGGAAAGACCCCUGUGA